GUUAACGUUCGGUGGUCCGCUUUUUGUGCACGUUGCUGUAGAAGGAAACAGAGGGAGAGAGCGACAAACAUCGUAGAUAUAGGAACACAUCGAAAGCCGAGCGCGGGCGCACUCGUGACAUCAGUCGUUCGCAGUCUACGCGAGUGGCACAGCGGUGUGCGGUGGCGUCGCGACGCCGGCGCAGUUCCGUCAAUCGAUUCCACGUUUUGCUAGCCGUGUACCCUCGGUUGGUGGCUAGGUAGCGGGUUGGAUAGAGACGAACGCAGCCAGAAAGAAGAAAACGGAUAUGUCCGACGAGGAAGGAGCGCGAGGGUGAACCGGCUGCGAGAAAGAGACGGAAGAGAGAGAGCGAGGGAGAGACCGGGAGUCAGAGAGACGCGAAGGGAGAGUCAGACGAGGUAUUGGUGCGCGUGUCUUUUGGCGACAACGCGUACAACCGAACGUGUGUGCAGGAUCUGAAAGAGGUGACAGAUUACGGGGAAGGUUUGUUCGAGCCGAAAAAACUGCCCGGUACUUUCGGCUCCGUGCCUCCCUCGGUUAAAAAUAUUCACGCACAGCGGUGCAGGAUGACGGCGUUGCGGAUUUAGAAGAGACAAACGUAACCUUCUCGCAAGCUGGACGCCGGGAUCGAUCGUAAUACAGUCUUCUUAACAGCCGGCUGACACUGGCCCGAAGACAUGGAUUACCGGUCUGUUGGCACCAGGUGCGAGGAUGAUUCCCUGGAGAACGAGAAAGGAAUCGGUGUUGCGAACGAGCAUAAGGGUGCAUCGAAGCGUGGCGGCUCGCACACGCGCGGCACUGCAAUGUCCUUUGGUUUUCGACGAAGACCGGCCUCCGGGAUACCAAUGCCGAUAACGAACUAUGCUACCGAGACGAGUCUACUGCAUCCACGAUCGAAAUCCGCUGGUCCAGACCAGAACCGUAGGCGCGACGAUGACAGCGUCAACAUGAUCCACAAUUCGUCCUCAGGCCGAUCGACACCGCGACUAGCACCACCGAAGAAGGAAUCCAGCGGGAUUGCCGUCAGGACGAAUCGAUUCGGUUACCGACAGUCGCAGGCGAAAUUCACCAAUAAAGUUAGCGAUAUCUGCACCAGUCAUAGUGUAAGUCACUACAAUCAAGAGAAGAUGCAGCAGCAGCAACAGCAACAAGACGCUUUCGUGAAGCAACCGCACAGGGUGGUCCAAGUCUCUAAUGUGGCGCCACCGUCGAAGAUGAAAUCGUCACCUGUACACAACACAACGUCCUACAACAAUACCAAUACCAUGCAUGUGGAUGGAAAUCGUAGAGUAUCGGGCAUUCCAGAGCCAAUCGGCAGGUACACUCUGCACACCAGACAUCUGCCUCUACCUCAGUACGCUGUAAGAAUGACCGAUGCGAACUCGAAGAUAGCAAAAACCGCGGCUAAUCAAAGUAGAAAGGUUUCCGCUGCGUCGAAGAGCUCCACGAGCUCGAAGGAAGGCUCCAGUACGGAGGAUUCUGGCGUCGGAAGUCAACAGGGUUGCCCGGGUGAGGGUGAUCUGAGGGGCGUGGAUUAUACGGAUGGAUCGUUAACAAGAAGGCGCGGUAUGGGUAAACCUAGGAAUUUAAGGAUGGUCGUAAAUGGUAAGAGUUUCGAUGUCAGGGAUGUCAGAGAUGAUGAUAGCACGGUUACCGAAAUAUCCGUUAUACCUUUGCCAAAAACGUUCAACACUGCUAACACUGGCUUGGUACGAGAGAGAGCUACCCAAUACCAGAGGAUCGUUAAUAAGGACAAUAGGUAUACCGAAUCUACGACGUCUAUGUCUACCACUUCCUCCGAGGGUUACGAUGAAGGAUUAGGCGAAGAGAAGGUUUACAAAGACAGAUCACAUUCCGAAAAGAUUCCUUCUAUUAAGUCAGACUUCAGUCCACCGAGUUCCGACGAUCCCGAGUAUGGUCAUGGAGAAGCUAUGGCCGACGAAUAUUCCUUGAGCUCUAGCGACGAGUGUCAACGCUCUAGCUCUGUCCAGCAUUUGCAAUCGAACGUGGCUAAGUCUGCAACAGUCCAAAAACCUCCUCUGCGUUCUGUGCUCCUCACUAUCGAAGAUCCUGCAUUCGCCGCUGCUGCGGCCACUUCGACUACUCUAAUAGACGAUGAAACCUCACCGGUUGACAGCCUUUUCGACAGCCUUACAGCCAGUAUUACUCAGUCGGAUACGAAAGUUCCGAAAAAGGAAAAUACGAUGGAGCAAUCUGGGAACACUAUUGAAGACGAUAGUCCUGGAACGCCAACGAACGCCUCGAAUUCGUUAAGUUUAUCAGAGGGCCGAGAAUAUUUCGACGACGAGAUCGCUGACCAGCCUGGGCUUGUUUUUGAUGAUAAUUCGAGGGCUGGUGCUGAGACACAAUCUGCUGUGACUAGUCAAAUCGUCACUGAGAACAGUCAUACUUUGGUGGAAUCCAGUCCGAAAACAGACAGGGGACCUGGAAAGAACGCAACUAACAGCCCUCACCAUGGCAAACGAAUUAGCCGAGCUGGCAGUGUCGACACUUUAUCUCCUUGUGAAUCUAUUGCUUCUGAUGACUUGAUAUUAGAUUAUGAACACAGCGAUGCGAGCUCGUACGAAGAAAAUCAACAUCGAGCGGAGACUUGUACGGCAUUGCAAGAUAUGGAUAACGCUACCAUUCUCUCCGAAUUGGAAGCCCAAGGUGAAGAAGUAAUGAGGCAAUGGACUUCUUUGUUGAGUACAUGCCAAACGUUGCAAGAAACUAAUAACUCCAACACAAUUAAUAACAACGUGAACAGUGGAUCGGCCAAUAAUAAUAAUCAACCAGCCAACGAAAUAGGAAGCGAUUGUGAUAAAACGACAAAGGUAUGGCGCAGUAGAUCUGUGACUGAUUCACCACGUUCCAUAGAUGGCACACGUAAUCGACAAUUUUCCAGCCCUUUAAGAAUAUCGAGAAAUAUCCAAUCACCGAGUCUCGACUCUGGAGAUGAAGGCAGCCUCCGAGUUGAUCGGGAUACCUAUCAACACAUGUUUCAAGACAUUGUUUCCAUAAAAACGAUGCUCCUGAAACUGAAACGGGUACUUCAGGAGUCAGAAGAGAACGGUUUGACGAGGGCAGAAACUCUCAACCCAUUCGACACUUCCAUAAAGAAUGGUCUCUUCUACAACCUGAACGAAAAUGGUACUACGGAUGUUAGUACAUCUCCUGGUAGUGGUGGUAGUAGUAUCGCCGAUGAACUGGCUGAUUUACGUAGACAGGUUGUCUUUUUACAAGGCCAAGUAGAAGAUAGAGAUAGAAGUAUACAAGUACUGCAGUUCCAACUGUCGAAACUUCAAGGACCUAACGGCGAUGGCCAAACAUGUGCUUUAACCAAUAACCAUAAUUUUUCAUCCCCCAAUACUUGCAAUGCUGCUACGCAGACAGAGAAGACACGCCCAGUGUCGGCAGGACCAUCACUCCUGCAAACACUCCCACAGGAAGAUGUUAUGGGGCCUCUAGUUAGAUGGAGUGACUCAUGGGAUCCACAUCGUCCUCCAUUGCUCGGAGAGCUUAAUGGUAACAGAAGCCCUCGUAAGUCAACCGAUCGUGUAUCGCGUACAAUAAAACCUCGUCAAGAGGAAACCUCGUAUCGUCAAAAUGGGCAUACAGAUAAAUUGUCAGCAGAUAGCCCUUCGAGCAAAAGAACCGUCAAAUUAAAGGACUUGAAAUCCACUGAAUCAAACGAUAAGGAGCAACAUGAGAUAAAAAAGGAAGAGAAUCCCAUGAAAUCGUGUAUUCCAAUGGCUAGAAAACUUGCGACAACUCAGAUACCACGGUCAGCAAAGGCCGUAACCUCAACAGGCCGACCGCACAAUACGUAAUUAAUUUACAUUACGAGAUUUGAUUAAAUUUUAAUUCAAGUUCGUAUUAUUGC